AUGAAUCGCAUCCAAUCCUUCUUGCGGCGCAAAGCGGACACGCAAAGGUCGUGCAAGCAUUUUGGAGCACGGAGUAGACCCCACUACCCGAUUGGAUUCUCUAGAUGGUCCAGAACAUACUAUGGCAACCCUUUGACGGCUGCAGUGAAAGGUGGUCAUGAGUCAGUGGUUAAUCUCUUGAUUGACCAUGGAGUCGAUUUGGAGUUUGGCAAACUCGAAGGAAUCAACAUCGAUCAGCCCUUGUCUAUUGCGACAGAAGGACAUUAUGUAUCGCUGGUCAAACUCCUUCUUGAUCAUGGAUGCAAUCCACAUACUCCAGACUUCCGAACAAUUGGCUGGCCUGAAAAAUCCGCGUGGCGAGUUGCUGCCAGUGAUGAUCUAGAUAUUCUUCAGAUGUUCAUUGAGAAAGGUGCGAAGGCUAUUCUUUUCACUCCUUCCUCCUCCUCGUUCGAUUCCAGGAACAAAUAUGAAGGGGUGCUACUGAAUGCUCUCCGUCGGAAUAAUUUAUCACUUGCCAAGUUCCUUUUGAAGCAGGGUAUUAAGCUCGAAAAGUCACCUGUCAUGUAUAAUCAUGCCCUUGAACACGUUUGUCACUCGGACUCUUUAUACAUAAUUGGCAUGAUAGCAGGCAGAAACCCUCAGGACUCCGAGUUUCUGCUGGGGAUGAUUGAUUUAGAUGAUAUAGUGAAGGGAGGAAAGUUACGCUCAGUGGUUUCUCUUAUGAUUGGCGCAAUAUGCGGCGGUCACUUUACACUGACCAAGCUUCUGUUGGAUGCGGACCGGUCCUCAAAACGCCCAACAGUCUGCGCUGAGGAGUGGAAAGAUCAUCUUAGCUCUUGUAUGGUCAUUGCUAUCAAACAUGGCCAUAUCAACCUUGUAGAUUUGCUACUUGAUUAUGGUGCAAAUCCCAGAGGUGUGGUCCUGGAUCGACAAACGCAAGAUGGUUAUUGUCCACCAGUAUUUAUAGCAGCCGAGAGAGGCUUCACUGAUAUCGUGAAGCUGCUUCUUGAUCGAGGAGCAAAUCCUUUCCCACGCCAACCUCGCACUAUCUUCGAAGUAGUGACUUGUUCCUCAUACAUAACUUUUGACCAUCUUUCUGGCGCAUUGCCUUUGACUCUGCUUAAAUCAUCCCCCAUAGAGACUGUUCGCCUCUUGGUCGAAAGAGACAUUGUUACGCCUAAAACAGGAGACAACCGCAAUGUCCUUACGCAAGCUGUGAGUGGAGGAGCAGAAGUCUUCAGGCUUGUGGUAGAGCAUAUGGACAUCAAACUUGAAAGAGACAACCCUCACCAUCAAAAAGCAAUGCUUAAAGCCGUUGAGAGGGGAGACACCACUAUUAUGGAAUUCUUCCUCAAGGUUGGACUCGACUCUAAUGCUGUGGGCACCUCAACUAGCCUCCUAGCUCUCGCAGGGGCAGCGGUAGAUUACUCUCCUGGUCUCAUUGAAAGCGCAGUUGAUCUUCUGCUACGGUACGGAGCAAAUACUGAAGGGAGAAACCCUCAAUGCACCGCACCUCUGUUGAAAGUCCUAUUUGGUGAUCACAAAAGCUCCACUUCUCGGGCAGAAGGAAUCCGUGUGCUUUUAGAAAAAGGAGCCGACCCAUUUGUCAUGUGCAGUUGCAGGAUACAGCAUUGUUUCUUGCAUUAUGCCAAGGAAGCUGGACGUUCCGAUAUCAAGGUGAUAAAUGUAUUUCUUGAGUCCUUUGAUGCGGAGAAUCGUUUUUCUGAUGUCAAAGCUGUGAUCUUCGAGGCUGCCAAAUACGCACGAAAUCAAAAAAUAGCCGAGCGUUUGUGGCGUUGGUACUGGCGAAAUAUCUACCCUUGUGCAACAAACAGUCUUUAA